UCUUGCGCCUAACCGCCGCUUGUUAUGGACAGAAGAGGGCGGAGUGUGUUUUGUCACCCCCAAGUGUGAAGCUCUGACUCCGCUCUGAUUCGGAUAAUUGAGAUUUUCACCCCCCUUCCCCUUUCUAAUUUUGUCUGUUGUCUGUCGCACAUCGCCGUGAAAGAAUACCAAGAACCAUCAGGUCGCCUUCUUCCUCAGAACGGAUUGGUUUGCCAUCAAAUAGGAUCUGACAGAACAGUGCAACGUACUCAAACAAGGUAAAUGCAACAGCCGUUAUAAGAAAAGAAAACAGGAAAGACUGCACUCCUGGGAUUUCAGACAGCCUUGAAUUUAAGAUUCACGGGCGGGCUGGUGAAAAGCUUCAACAUCUACAGGUGACAAUGUGUUGUUGAUUGAGAAACGACUGGCUCCCUUGCGUGCAUCCUCGCUCAUCUGGUGAGCCUAAACCGAGUAGCACAAUAUCAGUGGACAUAAGUCUUAAGGGUGGCUAUGGCUAUACUUCGCCUGUCAUUACUCUUGCAAGUAGGAUUUGUCAUUGGAUCAAAUUAUAGGCAUGGGGAGUGGAACGCGGAUCGAGAAAGAGACAUCUACAGCAACCAGCGAGCGCAUCUCCGUAAGGCUCACCCGUUCAAAACUGUCACGGAGCGCCCUCUGAUUGACCAGAAAACAGAUGAACCUUUACCGCGGGUGGUCAACGCGUUUCUGCACACAGGGGACUCCUCCACCUUAAAGCUUGUGAACUGCUCACAUAGGUAUGAGCUUGGUGCCCACUCCACCAGGUCCACGCACGAGUCCAUGCACACAGUUUUGGACACGGUGAUGCAUGCAACCAACUUCUUGAACAUGGUCUUACAGACCAACAGGUCGCGAGAGCAAAGUCUCGGUCAAGACACAGAGUGGUAUUAUGCUUUGAUAAGGAGCGUUCUGGAGGGGGACUCAAAGAUUCACCGAGCCGUGGUUACGUUCAAUACCGACUCCACGGUCCCUGGGCCCGCAGUCUUCCUGCAGGCGACGAGGGAGGACGGUGAAAUAGUCCUCAAGGAUCUCUCAGGCUCCGCAGAGCAUCUCGUGAGGAAUAAAACGCCUGAAACCCAAUGGUUUCAUGGUGUUAAAGCCAAGAAGAAGAGCCACUUCCACAAACGGAUUCUGACUCAAGAUAUCGAGUCGUUGGACGCCUCUGUUCGCAGAGGCGAGAGUUUUGUUUCUGACAGAUCUCAUAUUAAAUGGUCGGCGCCCUACCUAGAGUGCCAGAACGGUAAUUUUAUUCCGCGAUGGCUCCUGACCCUAUCCACAGGGUUCUAUGGGUUCAAGGAACACUCGGCCCUCGACUUCAGGGGUGUGGUGAGAGUGGAUGUCAACCUGCAGGGAGUGGACAUCAACCAGUGCUCCAGCGAAGGCUGGUUCGCAGGAACCCACAGAUGCAACCAGACCAGCAUGGAGUGUCGGCCCAUCCCUGGCCACGGAUUCGUCUUGGACAAGUACAAGUGUCACUGCAAGCAGGGCUUCUACCACCCAAACCGAGUGUCUGUCAAUGGCUAUGAAAGGAAUGGGCAUAUGGGCACAGGUCUGGUGGGAGGGUCUUACAAUGAUGAUGACACCUCUGAAGACUCCGCACACUGCAGGCCCUGUCAGGAAGGAUGCGCCUACUGCAAAGAUGACACGCCCUGCGUCGCCCAUGGUGACAGCUACCUGCGCCUGGCUGUCUUGUCCUUCCAGGGCUUGUGCAUGCUGGGAGAUUUCAUCAGCAUGAUACUGGUCUACCACUUCCGCAGAAACAAGAGCAUUAGGGCAUCUGGACUGGUCCUUUUGGAAGCCAUCUUGACAGGAGCGCUGUUGCUCUACUUCCCGGUGAUGAUACUCUACUUCCACCCAGGAGUGUUCCGGUGUAUCCUGCUCAGAUGGGUGCGACUGCUGGGCUUUGCCAUUGUCUAUGGAACCGUCACCCUCAAACUCUACAGGGUACUGAAGGUGUUUCUGUCGCGGACGGCCCAGCGGAUCCCCUACAUGACCAGCUGGCGGGUGCUGCGUCUGCUGGGGAUCAUCCUGCUGGUGGUCUGCUGGUUCCUGGUGGCCUGGACCGCCGCCGUCUGCCAGAACCUGGACCGCAAGCUGCCCCUCAUCGCCGUGGGCUACACGCCAGAGGGGCUGCAGUUCAGCAUGUGUCUGCUGGACCGCUGGGACUACAUGAUGGCCGUGGCUGAGUUCCUGUUCCUUCUGUGGGGAAUCUACCUGUGCUAUGCCGUCCGGACGGUUCCCUCAGCAUUCCACGAGCCGCGGUACAUGGCCAUCGCCCUCCACAAUGAGCUGAUCCUGUCCGCCAUCUUCCACGUCAUCCGGUUCACUCUUACUCACGAGCUGCAUCCGGAUUGGAUGCUUAUGUUGUUCUUCGUGCACACACACCUGACCGUGACGGUCACCUUGGGACUCCUGCUCAUCCCGAAGUUCCUGUUUGAGGGGACACACCUGACAGACGACAUUGCCACUGAGGCCUAUGAGGAUGAGUUAGACAUGGGUCGCUCAGGAUCAUACCUCAACAGCAGCAUCACAUCUGCAUGGAGCGAGCACAGCCUUGACCCCGAGGAUAUACGGACACCAGACGAAAUGGGCCCGCUCAGCUCUAUUAAUGGCUGUGGCGUAAGGUCUUGCGACAGUCUUUGGGAAAAACGUACCAACGAGGAGCUGAAGAAGCUGUAUUCUCAGCUUGAGGUGUACAAGAGGAAGAAGAUGCUGGCUAACAACCCCCACCUGCAGAAGAAGCGCAGCAGUAAGAAGGGCCUCGGACGCUCCCUGAUGAGACGCAUCACCGAGAUUCCGGAGCAGGUGCGGCAGUGCAGCCGCGAGGACAAGGAACACAGCAGCGGUGACCACAGCAACCGCAACAGCAUCUGUGCCCUCCGCAAGAACCCCUUCGACCCUUCGUCCCACGCCGCCACCAAGCCGGUCAAAGAGGAGUCGCUGCGCAGCAAGGUCUUCUCGCUGAAGAAGUCGCACAGCAGCUACGACCACGUCAGGGACCAGAGCGAGGACUCCAGCAGCUCGGCCACAGACAAGAUGGAGCCAUCCACCACGGAGAGCUCGCUGCUCGACACCCUCAUGGGCAAGAAACUGGUCAAGAAGAAGUCCUCUGAGAAGAUUGACUCGACCAGCGAGUCGACCGAAUCCAUGCCCCUGGUCUGCAAGUCAGCAAGUGCACAUAACCUCACUGCUGACAAGAAGCCCCUCCAUCCCAGGACCUCUAUGCUGCAGAAGUCUCUGAGCGUCAUCGCCAGUGCAAAGGAGAAGACCCUGGGCUUGACCGCAAAGACCCAAAGCAUGGAAGAGGCUACCAAGAAGGCCCACCAGAAACCGAAGGAGGCCAAGACUCCUGAGGAGUCCGAAGAAAAGAUGAUGGUCAGUCAGUCGGUGGAAUACAAGCAGCCAGCGACCAAAACGGGCAUCAUGAAGCACCCGGCCACUGGCAGUCAGUCCUCCAUCAGCAUGGACCCGGCCAAGGUUAAGGAGCUGUAUGACCUGUCUGAGGUGUGUCCCUGGGAGCUUGAAGAUCUCCCCACCCCCUCAGAGAACAAGGUCCAGAAACACGUCUCCAUCGCCCCUGACGAGACCACCACCAUCCAUGGCAAAGGCACCGCUGGCCCCAAGGCCCAGCAGCAGCAAAAGAGGAAGGCCUCAGAGCCGUCACCCGCCAGCAGCCGCAGGCCCAACCAAAAGUCGGCGGAGCGGGCAGACAUUUGUCCCUGGGAGGAGUCCAGCGAGAACCAGAGUCAGAUUGAGGGGUCAAGGCCUGUUCCCUCUGGCCAACCCUCUGGGCCAGUGGGCUCGGCCGAGACUGCCAAAGCCCAGAAGGCAGACGUCUGUCCAUGGGACUACGAGGACGCUCCCGCCAAGUCUGUAGACGCUGCCCUGUUGGCUGACAAAGGCAAAGAUCGGGGCAGUGCCAGUCCCUCAGGCAAAAGGAAAGGUACCACUCCCGCUGAUUUGAAAGGCAAAGGCAAUGCACCGGUGGAAGUAAAAAGUAGCACUUCUGUGGAAGCCAAAGGGAAGGGCGCCAAAGGGAAAAGUGCUGCUGUGGUUCAGCCAACAGCCACCAAGGUGGAUGUUUGCCCCUGGGAUUACGAUACUCUCCCGGCUAAGUCUCCCAACACCGAAAAAACACCCAGCCUCACUCAGGUUUCUAAAACAAAAGAGUCCUCAUCGAAAACAAAGGGGACUUCUUCGAUGAGAACUCUGGAGAAAGAGGCUGAAAGGGAGAGAGAGAAGGCCAAGGAGACGGAUGACGACAAGAGUAAAAUGAAGGCCAAGGAUAAGCUGCCCUCGGGCAAACCCACAGAAAAGCAGGCAGGCCAAACUAAAAUGGCUGAGGUGUGUCCUUGGGAUGUAGAGAGCUCUGAGGAUGUGGUGAUGGAGAAAUGGAGAAGUGCCAACGCCGGGUCUGCCAAAAAACAAGCAGAUGUUUGCCCGUGGGAUUUUCAAGAACCAUCGGACAGCAGAGGAAGCAACAAAAGUCCUGUUCCCUCGGUGACAAAACAGAAAAGUCUGAGUCCUAGAGGUGAUGUCAAAAGGGCUGAUGUGUGCCCUUGGGACUUUGAGGAUCCGACAUCAGGGAAAAAAGCAUGACAUUUGACUGAGUAGUUUAAAGAUACCAUAGUUCCUGUUAUGUGAUUUUCUUUUUCACCAUAUAAAACCCUGAAAUAUAAACUUUUAUUAUACCUUAUGGUGACUUGAUGGAAGAAAAAAAAAUAUGUUGCACAAGUUGCCUUUACUUCCAAGAUUUAUUUUGUCUGUAGUUUGUUUUGGAUAAAAAAGGAAAAAUUCAAAAAAGCAACAAAAUCAUCAAGCAUUCCAGAUUCUUACCUAGUAUUUGCAGAGUCCUUAAAGGUUAACUGUUGUCAGUUACAAUUAUGCAACUUUUCAUGUGCAAUUUAAAAAACAUGCAUAUUACUCACUACAUAUAUUUUGCCUUUUCAUUUAAUUUGAGAGCCCCCAAAGCUUAAACAGAGUAACCCUAUUUUUGAAAAAGGUGGCACACUAUAAGAGAGUGUGCUGAGGUUGAAGUUGAAAUGGAUCAGAACACUGAGACGGCUGGUGUUGUUAUUGACAGCACCCAUUCAAAAUGUCCUAUUUUGUCUAAUUUUGCCAGAUUGAGGUUUGAGAGUAAGAAAAGUAAGAGUGAAGAAAAUGCCAAAGAACACAGGAAACAUCUUUAUGAAGUUAACAGAGAAACAUUCAAGAUCACAAUAUGACAUUUGUGAUAUUGUUUUUAAUUUGUUUGCCCUGUGAGGUUAGGUAAAUAGCUAGCUUGUAGCACUUUAUGAUUCCCCCCAGUAAGCCCAUUUUGGAGGGAAGGUUUUCUCUUUUUUUCAAUUUCAUUUACUCUAGUUAAAAUGACAGUAGAGAUCACAUGUUGAUCGUCUGCCACAAAAAGGGAUUUGACUUCAAAUCUCAGACAUGUCCAAUGCUUCCAAGUUUGCUGAGAUGUAUUCCUGUCUGUGCCUAAUGAGUUUUUUACCCCCGUCAUUUUGUGUGUGACCUAAGGUAGCUUAUCUUUCGAAAAACAAAAAAAGGACACAGUCGUGUGUGUCGUUGAAUUGUCCAGAGCAAGAUUACCUCCUAAAUAUCCCUAACAGACCCCUCUGUCCGUGCACGACUACUUCUUGUAGUAGCUCAGAUGACAGACAUUUGUGAUUGCAUUCCAUCCUGAUCUCAAAGGACAUACUGUAUAGUGAAAAUGUUCCUACAGUGUCUAGAAUAUUGAAUUGUAAUAUGUGUUCCAUAAGGAUUGCAACUGUCAUUUUUUAUGUUAAAAAUAAGAAUAACGGUCUCAUAUAUUUUCCAAAUUGUGAAAAUUAGACAGGCUCCACCAAAGUACCAGAGUGUUGUCUUAGUUCUGGCAGUACAAACCAGGAAUUUCACUUUUGAUGUCGGAAUGUAUACUUCAUACAAAGAAUAGCUACAAGUGUAACAACUACUGUUGUGUGUAUAGUUUGCUUGGUAUUUUUGUUGGAGAAGCAUUUAUCUCUUUUAGCCAAUACAUGUCCUUUAGUACAAACACCCAUUUGGUUCCACAGUGAUCUGUCAGACGUGUUCCAAUGUUUUAGAAUACCGUACUGUUUUUAAGAUACUGUUUGGCCCCAUGCAGUUUGUCAUGAGCAAUGGAUCUCAUAAUUUCAGUGGUUGCUUACUUCAGUUGGCAUGACCCUAAGGCCUGGAUGUGUGUUAUGGCAUUGCUUGUUCCACUGUUAUUCAUGGUGUCACAAAUGAAUGUCUUCAUUUGGCUACUGGCUGGUGUAGGAUAGUCUUUCUCUUUUUAAAGUCAUGAUUUCAACCAUCUUUGUCAAGCAUAUUCAUGGGUCAAAAGUGCCCUUUCAAUUUAUGAAUGUCAGUUUGAAGGAUACUUUACAACUUUAUAGGUUAUUUUUUAUUUGCGUGCCAAAGAGGUUUAUUAGGCAUUAGCUUGACAUGCUGAAGAAUAAAAGAAAUGGAAAUAAAAUAAUAGGCUACUGUUGCCUCCCUCUGUGUAACCUUUGAAAUAUGUUGAACACAUGGUGUCGGCCUCUCAGUACCAAGGUGUGUCAAAGCACUUCUUUAUUGGCCCCAGGAAUGGUGCCUGAAAAGGCCUAUCAUCCUGCCCAGAUUGAUUAUGAUGGUCUGAUGUAUCACCACAAUAUUUAUGAAGCAGACACCAUUAUCUGUCAUCCCCUCUCAUGAUGCAUGUCCCUGAACUGCGAGGUAUGCACACUGCUUCCAUACUGUCUUGGUAAUAAAUGUCCAGUAGAGAGAGAGAGAGAGAGUGUGUGUGACAUAUGUGGUUAAUGUAUAUGAAGAGUGUAGCAUGAUCAGGGGCAGAUUGGGAUCCUAAGGUGGGGUAUUAGAUGGUGACAUGCUAGCUGUGGAGUAAAACACUAAACACUCAUGAAACCUCACCAUGGUAACAAGCAUGACCAUUUGUUGUGUUGAGGUUAGUUUUCAUUUUUAUUUUAUGUGUGUGUGUGUGUCUUGCAAGCUCACCGUAUCGCCACAGUUAGCCAGCCCCUUUGCUCUCUCUCCUGGCGAGAAACUUUGCCUGAGUGCAACUCAUUUGGAUUAUUUUUUCUGUGAAGAUCUGUUUGCUCAGCUUGUUUCUUUGAGCCUGGUAUCUCCUGUAGACCAGUCAUCAGUGGAGAGGGAAUACUAUUACGUAAUGCUGUAAUGUCUUACCUUAUUGCUCUUGUGGCUUUUGCAUGAUAUCGAGAAAUUAGUAGGACCGAUGUUUCACUGCCCUUGAUGGAACUAAGAAAAAAAAAAUCUUUGAUAUUUUAUGGACUGUUAUGAGUUGUAUAGUGAGUGAAACUGUACCUUAACACACUGUAAUCUGUGCUUGUUAUAAUAAAUGCUCUAUGACAAGCUUAUAGCAUACCUAUGGAGAUAUUUGUUAGAUUUAUAUUGUGUUAUAUUGUGAUAGCAUGUAAAUAAAAAUACCUCCUCUGCAAUAAAUAUUUAUAUGAAACUCAAA